CAGCACUAUUGUCAGGAGACAAGAGCUCCAAUCACAUCUGCGCAGGAAUUUGUUUUUGUUGCAAUUUGGACGCAGCUUUAGAAACUUGUUAUUUUAUUUCAUUUAACCACGUUUAAGUGUGGAGAAAUGUUCACAAAAGAGAAAGAUAGCGAGUGUUGCGUUGUUUUUGUGUCCAACACAAAACAAAAGAAGCUCAAAGAAGCUGAAGAACGGGGAUACUGGAGCAAUAAAGCUGAGUUUAUUCUCACUGUUAUGGGUGCCAUCAUCGGACCGGGCAACGUGUGGAGAUUUCCUUACCUGUGCUACAGAAACGGCGGAGGUGUAUUCUUCAUCCCGUACAUUUUAUUCAUGGUCACGUGCGGGAUUCCCUUGUUCUUCCUCGAGACCGCCAUGGGGCAAUACACUAACCAAGGGGGUAUUACAGCUUGGAAAAAGAUGUGUCCACUUUUUCAAGGAAUUGGCUAUGCGAGUCACCUUAUUAUUGCAUUCGGCGCAACUUCCUAUAUUACCCUGAUCGCGUGGGCAUUCUUUUAUCUGUUCUCCUCCUUCAGCGCGGAUUUACCUUGGGCAACGUGUGGAAACGAGUGGAACACAGACUCAUGCAUGGACUCCAGCAUUGCAAAUCAGAGUUUGAACAACGUGACACAGAGGCAGAACACCACUCUGCCUGUUUUGGAGUUCUGGGAGCGCAGAGUGCUGAAGAUCUCUAGUGGUAUUGAAGAGGUAGGCAGCUUGAGAUGGGAGCUGGUGCUGUGUCUCAUCCUGGCGUGGGUCAUCUGCUACUUUUGCAUUUGGAAGGGGAUCAAAUCCACUGGGAAGGCGGCCUACUUCACAGCAACCUUCCCCUAUGCAAUGCUGCUGAUUUUGCUGAUACGCGGUGUCACGCUGCCGGGGGCAAUGGACGGAAUUAUUUACUACAUCUACCCUGAUUUAUCCCGCCUAUCAGAUCCACAGGUGUGGUUGGACGCCGGCACUCAGAUUUUCUUCUCUUAUGCCAUCGGCCUCGGGUUCUUGACAUCGCUUGGCAGUUACAAUACGUACAACAACAAUUGUUACAAGGAUUGUUUCUACCUGUGUCUGCUAAACAGCGUCACAAGUGUUGUGGCAGGAUUUGCCAUUUUCUCAGUCUUGGGAUUUAUGACCUACGAGCAAGGAGUCGAUAUCGCAGAAGUGGCAGAAUCAGGUCCAGGGCUGGCUUUCAUUGUUUACCCGCGUGCUGUAGCUAUGAUGCCUAUGCCACAAGUGUGGGCAGUGUGCUUCUUCCUCAUGAUCAUCCUACUUGGCCUAGAUAGUCAGUUUGUCGGACUGGAGUGUCUGAUGACGUCACUGGUCGAUCUCUACCCAUCUUAUCUACGUCAAGGCUGCAGACGUGAGCUAGUAUUGCUGGCCAUAUGCACCGUCUCCUUUCUGCUAGGACUUUCCCUGGUGACUGAGGGAGGCAUGUACCUACUCCAGCUGGUGGACUUCUACGUAUGCAGCGGGACCACCUUGCUCUUGCUUUCCCUUUGCCAGUCCGUUUGCAUUGCUUGGGUCUAUGGGGCAGAGCGUUUCUAUGGGAACAUCACAGAUAUGAUCGGUUAUCGUCCAUCUCCGCUAAUGAAGCUGUGCUGGUGCUACUUCACCCCUUGUUUAUGUUUUGGCACCUUCAUCUUCUCCAUCGUCAAAUACUCUCCCUUGAAGUUCAGCAGCACUUAUGUUUAUCCACUGUGGGCCAACAUCUUUGGCUGGUUCUUGGCCACUAGCUCCCUCUCCGCAAUUCCUAUUUUUGUGCUCUACAAACUAGUACACAGCGAAGGCACCCUGUAUCAGCGGUUUAUGGCGCUCUGCAUUCCUGAAGAUGAUCUGAAAUGUCUUUCGCAGCUGGGAGAUAAGGUCGUUGCACCAAUCACCGAACUGAAACCUUUGUCUUGUGUGGAGGAAGUUACCAAAUGCCCAAGUGGGUAUAUUCAAUAAUGAGGAGAUGAGAUGAAGAGCCUUCAACUAUACAAGACUCACGAAGACGAAUGUAUAGCUAAGACUUGGACCCGGAUAUAUUACUUUUUUUUUUUUUAAGUAUUGUAUUGUUCACUGUAAAAUUUCCUUGCAAAAAAGUACUGACAUCUCUAUAGAUUUACAGCAAAAUAUGAUAGUGCCUUUUGCGAGAGUGUAGGUUUGGUCUCAACAUUGGAUGGGACGAGAUAACAGCAUAACCUGCAUGUACACUUUUUGCUGGGGACAGGACAUUAUUAAGACCAAAGAGAUACCUCCAUAAAGUUGGCCUCCCAUCAGACGCAAAUUUAUAUAAAAAUAAUGUCAAUCAUUUGUGCUACGUUUGUGCUGUAAAAAGUUUCGUUUGGGCUGCUGUCGUUUUUGAGAUAUUUACAAUUCUUAUAAACAGUGCUGUCCAAAAGUAUUGGCACCCCUGCAAUUCUGUCAGAUAAUGCUCAAUUUCUCCCAGAAAAUGAUCGCAAUCGCAAACGCUUUGGUAGUAAUAUCUUCAUUUAUUUUGCUUGCAAUAGAAAAACCCAAACAAGAAUGGGAAAAAAAAUAAAUAAAUCAUGAUCAUUUUACACAAAACUCCAAAAAUGGGCCGGACAAAAGUACUUGCACCCUUGGAAAAAUUAUGUGAUGCUUCUCUAAUUGUGUAAUUAACAGCACCUGUUACUCACCUGUGGCACAUAACAAGUGAGGCAAUAACUUUAUCACACUUGCAGCUAGUUAAAAUGGAUUAAAGUUGACUUAACCUGUCCUGUGUCCUUGUGUGUACCGCAUUGAGCAUGUAGAAAAGAAAGAAAACCACUGUCUGAGGACUUGAGAAGCAGCAUUGUGAGGAAGCAUGGGCAAUCUCAAGGCUACAAGUCCAUCUCCAAAGACCUGAAUGUUCCUGUGUCUAGCGUGCGCAGUGUCAUCAAUAAGUGUAAAGGCCAUGGCACUGUGGCUAUCCUCCCUAGAUGUGGACGGAAAAGAAAAAUUGACGAGAAAUUUCAACGAAAGUUGUGCAGACGAUGGAUAAAGAACUUCGACUAACAUCCUAACAAGUUCAAGCUGUCCUGCAGUCCGAGGGUACAACAGUGUCAACCCGUACUAUCUAUCUGGGUCUGAAUGAAAAAGGACUCUAUGGGAGGAUACGCAGGAAGACCCCACUUUAGACCCAGAGACAUAAAAAAAGCCAGGCUGGAGUUUGCCAAAACUUACCUGAGAAAGCCAAAAACGUUUUGGAAGAGUGUUCUCCGGUCAGAUGAGACAAAAGUAGAGCUUUUUGGGAAUAGGCAUCAACAUAGAGAUUACAAGAAGAAGAAAUGAGGCCUUCAAAGAAAAUAGCACGGUCACAACAGUCAAAUAUGGGGGCGGUUCCCUGAUAUUUUGGGGUUGCUUUGCUGCUUCUGGCACUGGACUGCUUGACCGUGUGCAUGGCAUUAUGAAGUCUGAAGACUACCAACAAAUUUUGCAGCAUAAUGUAGAAAGCUGGGUCACCCUCAGAUGUCAUGGGUCUUCCAGCAGGACAAUGACCCAAAACAGUUGGCCAAAGAAGAAUGGUCUAAAAUUCCAGCAGAGCAACGUAAGAAACUCAUUGAUGGAUUCCGGAAGUGGUUUUUCGCAGUUAUUUUGUCUAAAAGUUGUGCUACCAAGUAUUAGGCUGAGGGUGCCAAUACUUUCGCCCGGCCCAUUUUUUUGGAGUUUUGUGUAAAAUGAUAUAUAUUUUUUUUCCAUUCUCUUUUGUGUUUUUUCAUUGCAAGCCAAAUAAAUGAAUAUAUUACUACCAAAGCAUUUGUAAUAGCGUACUGCACGCAGGCUAUUUUUAGACCGUGACGUCGUAUCGUAAAGCGGAAGUAGCAAACCAUUAUAUUUCGGCCUUCUUUCUCCGGUAAUCUUUCAAAAACUGACAUGCCGAUUAAUCACUGCUACUAUGGAACUUGUAGAAACGACUCUAGACAUUACGACAUAUAAAGGAUGUUUUCUUCAUACUCUACCGGAACCAAAAAACGUGAAUAAUGGAGCUACUAUGCCGCGAACGUCUAAAAGACCAGUUUAACGCCAGUAAAGUGAAGCCGUUCACAUUUCAUAUGCAGUAAACAUUUUGUUUGGGCCAAGAAGUAAGCCAUUUUGAUAUUUUGAGUUAUUUUUUUCGCGUGGCGUUUUUCGUGCUGCUUCUGUCUGACAAUGAAUGACCUGAAAAAAAAUUUAAAGUGGUAUCUGACUGCCACCGUUGUUACCUUUUCUGUUGGAAAGAAACAACUUUAGUAAGGGGAAAGUGUAAAUAAAUUAAUAGAAUUAAGAUUUGUUAUGAAUGAAAAAAUGAAGUGUUUGUUGGCUGUCAACGAGUAGCGUUUGCAAUCGCUACACAAAACUGCAAAGUCCCCCAAAAGAAUGGUCAGAGACGUAAGACAAACAGGGGAUAUAAUAUAUAAGAAACAUGGGGCUUAUGGUAGUAAAGGAUGGAUUGUUGAAACAGGAGAAUAUCAUUUUCAGUGGCGUAAGAAAAAGGUGUCGAUAAAAAAGCGAAGCCGUUGACACUCAAGCCAUCUCUUUAACUGAACAUUUGUAUGUUCUUCCACAUUUUUACCAGUGAAUUUGACACUAGGGACAUCAUUUUCGGACAGAAUUGGUAGGUUUAGCUCUGUAAACAUCUCCGUCGUACACUAUUCCCAUUCAUUUCCUAUUGGGGACAAACAAGAGCUACCUUAGCUAACAGCAGAUCCACAGAAGCUUACGUCAUAAAUAUUAAUGAGCGGAAGUGACGUAUAGCGCGAUGUACCCCAUUGCAAUCAUUUUCUAGGAGAAAUUUAGCAAUAUCUGACAGAAUUGCUGGGGUGCCAAUACUUUUGGCCAGCACUGUAGGUCAAUCUGAGGGCAAGCAGCCCCCCAUUUUGUUUCAAAAUGACAAAAAACUGUGUCAAUUGUUUUUUUUGCUGUUUGCCUUUUUGCUGUUAAUUUCUUUUGUUUGUGCUGCUAUUGUUUUGUAGGUAUUCAGAUAUUAAAUAGAUGAUAGCAUACCUGUCAAGUUGUACGGUUUCGGCGUAAUUAGUACAAGUGAGCACUGAUUUUUAAAUGUGUACGCCGUACGUUCAAAAUCUGUACGUUUAUCGUGCAUUACGUUUUUUUUUCUCCGUUCGGAUUUUGUCAGCGUUUUGGCAACGAGACAACGUUACUAUGCGUUACAACGUUGGUUGAAUGACGCGAGAAAAGUCAGAGACACGGAGAGAGAAAAGUGUUUGUUGUGACGCUGUAGCAAACACGAUGCUAGGCUAGGUGGCUCCAAUAUUUCCUGACUGUAGCCGACAGCCUACAAUCUACGCCUAGAUUAUUACAUGCAUAUAGAACUACAUGCGAAAUGACAGACUCGGCGGUGUUAGUAAACAGCCGCCAUUUUAAAGCAGUAGACUUCUCAGAAAGGCUCUGUUGUAGUGAACCUUCCUAGCGAACCUAAGUAACUUUUGAUUUAAAAUACUCCUAAAUCGGCAAAAUCUUGACUUGAAUCUAUCUUUAAAUGAUGAAACAGUUUUAAAACUUUCACGUGUCGAAAGCAGACAGAAGGGAACUAAUGCAAAAAUGGAAGCAAUUUUAACAAACGGUUGAUUCACAACAUUAAAUGACUUCCAAACGUAGCAAAGGUUACUAUGUUUUUUGUUUUUUUGAAAAAAAAUGGAGAAAAAAACAUGAACGGUAACACCAAUUACUUUGCCAAGUAACUAAUUACUCUUACAUUCAGGUAACUGAGUUGCUAACUCAAUUACUUUUUGGGAGAAGUAAUUUGUAACUGUAAUUAAUUACUUUUUUAAAGUAAAGAUUAACAACACUGGUCAUUAAGAUGAAGUCUGCAGAAUGAAAAGUGACGAAAGCGGAGAUUUUAUCCUGCCAAUUUGUUGCCGAACACAAUUUGCCCGCAACUAUUGCUGAUCACUUCUCAGAAUUAGCUAAAGAAAUGUUCCCUAACUCAAAGAUUGCAUCGGUAAGUUAAUUUUAUCAUUUGACCUUUUUAAUUUAGAAUUGGACACACUAACGGACUACCUUCAAGUCAAACUGAAUUGCGAGCUGAAGUGCAGCCAUCAAAAGACAUGAUAGAAAUUGCCAAAAGUGCUACAUACAAUUAUAACAAAAGUCACUGUUAAAUUUUAGUAAUCAUGAUGUAGCUGAAGAUAUUGUUCUUUGAUUGCACCAGGUUAUAUGUUACAAUAUUACCAAUAAAUUCAUAUUAUUAUAAAAAUUGAGUUUUAUUGUUGUUUCAUAUUGCACGCUAUAUACAACGUUGUAAGAUUAGUCACCAGUUUGUAAGGGCAUACCUCACUAUUUGUAAGAUUGCCAUCGGCCUCGGGUUGACAGGUAUGUAAUACAAAUAAUAGAAACGAAUGGCACCAUUUCGUUUCUAUUUUACAAUAAAUCGGGGGGCUGCAGGACGUCAUCACUCGAAAUUACUAUCUCACCAUCUGAAAAACAAUAGCAGCACAAACGAAAUUUUUUAAAAUCGCAAACGAAGCAUUAACAAAUGACACCAAUUUUAGCCGUUUUGAAUCAAAAUGGGGGGCUGGUUGACCUCAGAUUGACCUAUAAAAGAAUUGUAAAUAUCUUAAUAAAGGUAGCAGCACAAAUGAAACUUUUUACAGCACAAACGUUUGACAUCAUUUUUAUAUAAAUUUGCAUCGGAUGGGGGUCAACUUCACAGAGGUAGAGCAGAAUUAUGCAUAAUUUUAGAAACAAACAAAAAAAAAUAUGGAGAACAAAAAUUUCUAUUCUAAUGGAAGAUUUUAUAAACAAGGACAUGUCAUCUGUGAGCCAGUAGUGUUAGCGAAAUAGCGUCAGCCUGUGUGUUGCUUCUCGCCGCGUUUUGAUGACGUCAUCACUAGAGGACUAAGGUUCUUCACACUAUUUGGUGGUGAACUGAUGAUGCAUUUUUAGCCAUAGACGGAUUUGACUUUUGGGGCUGGGGGGGCACAACAUGUUGAUGACUCUGAAACGCAGUGUCAGCAAUAAAAUUAACUUACAAGAAUAUUUAUAAUGAUAAGUUUACAAUCAGCGUCUUUUGUUUCCCAUCAUUCUUAAGGGGAAUUCUAAAUCAGGCUGCUUAGGCAAUACUUUUCGCCAUGAUCGUCAUCCAUUGAAUAUAGUACGCCCGCAGGUGUCGUGCCAAUGUAGUUACCCCAGUCAAAAAUUGUAUCCCCUGGGCGGAGCCUUAUGGAGGUAAAUUUGUGUCUUUAUUAUUCAAUCAAAAAAAAGUCGCUUCAAUCCAAAAAAAGUGUGUUUGAAUACAAAAAUGAAUUUGAAACUCAAAAAAAUUCAUAUGAAAGCUAUUUUUCUUUGAUUUGAAGUUUUUUUUUUUUUAAAAUUCAUUUAUUCAAGAUUUUUUUUUUGAUUGAAGUAAUGUUGAUUUGUGUUUGGGCCACAUUUUGGCUAAGACAUUUUUGUCUUUAUUAUUCAAUCAAAAAAUAAGUUGCUUCAAAAAAAUAUACAUUUUCAAAAAGAAAAAUCACUUCAAUCAAAAAAAAAAAAAAAAAAUUUCAAUCAUGGAAAAAGUUUUUGAAUGCGAAAAAAUAUUUGAGAUUGAAAAAUUUGCAUUCGAACACUUAAUUUUUCAUCGAAAAAGUUUUUUUGUGUGUUUGGGCCAUAUUAUGGGUAGGACAUUUGUCUCUCAAUCAUUUAAUCCCCCC